UUACCAACUAUCCGUCUUUCAGCUCUCUCGAGUUCGACCUUGCUUGCGACUGGCAAUUAGGCGGCGCUCUCUGGGACACAACAGUCCAGCCAUCAUAGCAAAUUCGAAGCACGAUGGCAAGUGCGUCACAGAACCUGCAGCCGUCAUGGCACGGCCACGUUGGCAGCACCAUGGAAGCUAUGAUUCUCUUCGAGGGCUGGAUCACCGGGAGGGUGGGGCGCAUAUCCCGGCGACCUCACGACCGAGAACGGGAGGAGCUCAUUCGCAGCGGGAAUAUCUUCAUAUAUGAAGAGAAUGCUUCUGGUAUCAAGAGAUGGACCGACGGUGUUACCUGGAGCCCGAGCCGCAUCCUUGGUAACUUCCUAGUCUACCGCGAAUUGUCGGCCGCCUUCCCCCCGGGCGAGAAGAAAAAGGCCCAGAAGAAGACGAAGGCUAAGGCCGGGUCUGCCACCAGGACCGAACCUCGAGGUUCACACCCAACAGUUCCCGCCAAUCCGGCCGCCUUUGUCAUGCCUAGCGAAUUAGACGUGUCCGAGGGAGAAGGUGACGCCCAUCGAAACUUGGUCGGGUCCUUGGUCGACUCGUAUUCAUUUAAGUCGGGCGGCUUAGUCAAAAAGACCAUCAGCAUCAGCUGGAACGGCAUCCCGCAUCACCUGGUUUCCUACUACGCGAUCGACGAUGUCUUGGCCGGGAAACUUACGAGUGUUGCAGACGAUCUCAGGUUCAGCGGGGUUGUCCCGCGCAUGGACCUCCUGAAGUGCCAAAGCUUCCGGGUGCCCGUUGAACACGAGGAGUACUACUUCAAUAUGGGAGGAGACCGGUCGUUCACGUUUUACGACCCCCAUCGUAUUCCGUCUGUGGAAUACAACCCCCAGUUCCCCAGCGAACGGUCCAUGUCCGACCCGACUAACUCCGUGCCGAUCUAUCGGUCUACUACCUACCCAAUACCUCCAUCUUUGCCAGCACCGGCGCCCAACCCCCUUCACCACUGUACUCAUCCCGCAUAUUCUCCUCAUGACUAUCCGCCUAACGACUAUCCGCCUAACGACUAUCCGCCUAACGACUAUCCGCCUAACGACUAUCCGCCUAACGACUAUCCGCCUUACGACUAUGCGCCUCGCACCACGAAAGGCUACACCUAUAAUCCCCAACGCCCAAGCUCAUCGGGCCACGGGUCAAUGACCACGCUACCUGGCGAGUUUCCGCCGCAUUUUUCAGGGACCUCCGUUAAACCGGAUCAGGUUUUCGCACCUUCGCCGGCAGGACCUUACACCGGGGAACCUUCAACGGUGGCACCAGAGGACAUGUUCAGGGCUCAGCUGACCAUGAAUGGACCAGGCAACUAUCUCAGCGAGCCGGCCAAUCAGUUCUUCACAACGCAGCAAAUUCAGCCUCCGACGGUCACCCCAGGCCAUAACUGCGAGUUUGGGCUCGAGACCACCCCCAGGAUUAUGCCAUCGAGCAUGGCCAGGAAUGGGACAUCGAGCAUCAUGUUUUCGUCAUCAAUGGCCCAGACACACAUGGGGGAUGAAGAUGCCAAUUUGGAUUCCAAAUACGAGCUGAGCAGGGUUUCUUAAUCCAGUUCUCUAUUUCCGUUCAACGCGCUUG